CCACGAUACAUGUACACGACACAAAGUUUGCUGACUAGAGUGUCACAGAAGCCGCGAAUGAUCAAUGUCUGGGUGUACAAAUACUAGGCCGAGUGAGGGGGUCAUGCCAGAAUUGAAUACUACACAGUACACCUCAACGCCAAUUGAAGCCCUUGCGCCACCAUUGAGCACUCGCUGGAAAAAGAUCCAACCGACGCCGUGAUUACGACAAUGACUUCAGACGGCCAGCAGAUCGAGGUCCUCCUCUACGGACUAGGGGCCAUCGGGUCAUUCUACGCCUUUAUUCUCAGCAGAGUACCGCGUGUCAGAUUAACGGUUGUUGCGAGGUCAAAUUACAAUGCAGUGAAGGAGAAUGGAAUCGCCAUUGCAAGCGAAAACCAUGGAGAGCACAACGUACGCCCUUACAAAGUUGUAAGGAAUGCCGCAGAGGCAGAAGCGAAAUUCGACUACAUUGUUUGCGCCCACAAAGCCAUCACGCAGGAUGCAGUGCCCGCGGAAAUUGCCCCGGCAGUAGAUGCGGAGAAAUCCACGAUCGUCAUUAUUCAGAAUGGUGUCGGUAACGAAGUGCCGUUCCGUAAUGCGUUCCCCCACACAACAAUCAUUUCAUGCGUGACCUGGACCGGAGCCGCUCAGCCGCAGCCAGGGCAAAUCAAACACACAAAGUCCGAGGACAUGCAAAUAGGAUUGUAUCCGAAUGAUGCCGAUCAGGCAGUGGAGAAGAAGCGGCUGGACGAAUUUGCGUCUCUAUUGACGGGGGGCAAGACCGUCUUCCAAGUGGUGCCCAACAUUCAAGUACAGCGCUGGGAAAAAGUUGUUUGGAAUGCCGCUUGGAACUCGCUCACAACUUUGACGCUGCUCGACACGCACUCGUGGCUUAGCUCCUCACCAGAUGCUACCCCAAUGACCCAGCGAUUAAUGAGGGAAGUCAUCGAUGUCGCUAAGGCCUGUGAGGUGCCCAUCGAUUACGACCUGGUCGACAAGCUGAUCAACAAGAUCCUGGCCAUGCACCCCAUCGGUAGCAGCAUGCAAAAUGACUUCAAAGCUGGCCGGCCGAUGGAAGUGGACAUUAUCCUCGGUUACCCCUACCGAAAGGGUAAGGAACUAGGGAUAGCUACCCCAACGCUGGACACCAUCUAUGUGAUUUUGACGGGCACAAACCUUCGUCUCCUCAGGGAGUCCGGGCACUAGAUAGUUUUCCCAUCUGAAAAGAGCAUAGCAAAGCUGAACACGUCCACAGUCCCGGGUCAGUUGACACCAUGUCAUCCUUAU